UAGGGCUCUCUAAGCCGCAGCUCUUCAGUCUUUCUUCAACCUUUGCCGCACUAACAUCAGACUUUUCAAGACAACCGGUCUUUGUGAAUAGUUUACCGUGAAUUAAUUUUAAUAAGUUGGCACUGGCCACUCAUAUAUAAUUUUUGUUUUUGUUUUACGCUUUUCAAGACUACGUCGUGGUCGCGUUAAAUAAAUAACACGUACAAAAUGUUAUUGAAAAGAUUUAAAAUAACACCAAUUGUAUUUUUGGCUGUUUGCUGUGCGGUGAUUCAGUUUGAGGCAGCAGCUGCUUACAAAAGCGAAAUAGCAAUUACCCCAGCUCCACCGGAGGAAGAGACAACCAAGAAAAGUGGUUUCUUUAGUGGUGUCAAAAGUUGGUUCCGUGGUGGUGAUACCACAACAACCACCACACCAUUGCCGGUUUUAGCUGCCACAACGCAAAAAAUCCCCCAAACUGUAGCAGGCACAAGUUAUGCAGCGGGCAGUCAACAAACAACAGCCAGUGGUGGUCCCCAAAGGCCACCCCCAUUGUCGUUGGGACCGGCGCCCAUGGUGCCAUUAGGUCCUCGACCAGAUACUCCCUCAACUUCGCCUUGGGGAGGUGGCGCUAAUCCCCGACAACCACCACAAUGGCCUGAACCACAAAAUCCUCAAGGAGGUAAUGCUCAACCCCAAUUGCCCCACCCUGCUGCAGGUGGUUCAGCAACUGCUGGCGGCAAUUAUAUGCCGGGGGGAGCUCAUAUACCAGGUGGCGCCAUAAUGCCAGGUGGCAGUUCGACCACCAUCAAACCCACACAACCUCAAUCACCCCAUAAUGUGCCGGGUAACUUGCCCAGACCCGCCGCUGGCAGUCCUUCCAAUGUCCCCUCACAAGGUGGUGGACAAUUCAAUUUCCCCUCCUCAACAUCUUCUACGCAAAGCAAUCUACCUCAACCAGGCAGCAAUCAACCCACCUCAUCAACUGUUCAAGGAAACCAACAUAAUCUGCCAAGACCAGGAGUUUCACCAAAUUUCCCUACCUCGCAAUCUUCCACCAACCAAAACAUUCGACCUGGACAAGCAAAUAUGCCUGGAUUUGGUCCAUAUCAGCCCCCCAAAACGCAACCAUCUGGAUUUGAUCUAAGUUAUGGCGGAGGUAGUGGUGGUGGCUUCUCUAGGCCAUCGCAACCUGCAGGUCGCCCUGGAUUUGGCCCAGCCCCUGCGGGAACUUCAACAACAGUGAUUCCCGGUCGUGGAGCACCUACACCUACUGCUAUCUCAACAGGACCCACAACUUCAACCACCACUCCCAAGGUGCCACAAAUGGAUUUCGAUCUGCGUUUAGGACAAACUGAUCCCAAGAAACCCAGUACACCUACCAAAGAAGAUUACCCAGCUUUACCAGCUCCAAGAAGACCUUCUACAGGUGGAGUUAAAGAAGACUUCCCCUCCUUGCCAGCACCGAAAUCUCCAGUGCCCACACCAUCAUCGCCUGUGAGUCCCUCUUCCCCCUCGGCUUGGAAUAAACCUUUGCCUACACCUGCUUCGGUGGGACCAGCAGCAACUCCUACCACCGCAAAAACUCCAACACCUCAUUCACCAGCUGCCCCUGCUGGAGGUGCCGCUGGAGGAAGUGGAGUCUCCUUUGUACCUCAUACUGGUGGACGUACUACACCGCGCACUUCCUUACCCAGUAGUUCGGAUGGCAAUGCUCUUGCCACUGAUGCUGAAAUUCAAACCCUUACCGAAACUCUAUACACCAAGGAAACCAACAGUCAAUUGAGUUUGAUAACUGUCAGUCCACAGGGCAAGACCAGAUCCAUAGAUAGUACAGAUGAGGCACCUAAACCGUUAUUGGAUGUUAACAGCAAAGUCUUGGAAAAUCCAACUGUGGCCAAAAUGCAAGUCUUAUUCAACAAUUAUGAACAGGAUACCUUGACCAAUGAGCAUGUUACACCCAAUGAACGCAAAGAAGAAAACGACUUUGUGGAUGCGGUUAUGGCCACCAAUGUAAUGCGUCAAGCCAUGUUGUUUUUGCAAAACAAAGGUAUUGUUGGUCCUGAUCCCAAAACCCAUCGCGAUAUGGUUAAGGAAUUAUGGUUUACUCAAUACUCCCGCGGCAGUGGUAAAAUUGGCAGCUCUGGCUUUGAACAUGUCUUUGUCAAUGAGGUCAAGAAUGGCACUAUUAUUGGCCUACAUAAUUGGCUGUAUUUCGCCGAUGAAGAAAAGGCUGGUCGUUUGGAUUACAAGGGCUAUUUGAAUCAAUUGGACAUGGGAACGAAAGCCAAGAUAAUGAAGGUGCGUUUCACCCACAAUGGUUUGAAUAAACCUGUGAAUACCUUGUUUGUGGGCACCUCUCCCGAAUUGGAGUUGGCCUUGUAUACCGUGUGUUUCAAAUUACGUCCCGAUCGUACCUGUCCCGUUUCCCUGGGCAAUAGCAAAUUUGGUGUGGUUACCUAUUCAUGGCGUUAUCGCGGCAAAAGUUUAAUUGGCAGUGCCUAUCCUGAGAUUUAAUAAAACGAAAUCUAGUGAUAUCAAUUCGUUUAAAUAAUUCUAAUAUUUUAUAAAACCGAACAGUGUGUAGUUAUGAAAAAAAAUUAAAAUUCUUGACGAAA